AUCCGGUCACCGUGGGAGUGUUGGGCCUGAAGACUGAAGGGAUGUCAGAAACUUGUGCGGCUCUUUCAGGAUGACUGUUGGUUUCUGUGGCUCCGCGUGCAGUCUGAGGAGCUGCCGUGCGCGUGCGCGGCGCUCCUCCCAGCUGGAGGAAAGAAAGUUGACCUCCCGCUCUGAUCGAUGACCCCAGGAGGACUUUCAUAUCCGUCUCCUUCCAAACAUAUGCUCACUUCCGGAGGAAAAACCCCGCGUGCGCGUCGAUAGGUGUCACCGGAAGGUCCGCGAGGCCGGAGCGGAGGAAUCGGCGUGCUCGAGCUCCGCGGGUUUUUGAUCUGAGGCGGUGAGGAGGAGAGACGCCGCCGCUGGGAGCGCGUCCAUCCGCCAGGCGCCACAGACGCCCGAGAAAAGAGGAAGCAGCUCCGCCCACAAAAGGAGCCGAGGCCGGAGGAAGAGAGCGGAGGGCAGGACGUGGACUUAUCACGCGGCCCACGCGCUUCAAAAGUCCAAACUCGCCGCGGGAUUUGCCCUCUUUGUCUCUCCGAACCGGACUCUACAGCUCGGGAGGGGCGCGCGCGCUCGGCCGCUAGAAACUUCGUCGCAGGAAAAGUUUGGUCUCGCGCUCAGAAGCGGCACGCGGAGCUACAGGUUAUUUCGGGCCAGAUUCUUUUUUUUUUUUUUUUUGUUCGGUGGGGGUUUCCAGCACCUGGGGGCCCGCGAGACUCUGGUAACUGGGGGUGGAGAAACACGCCCGCGAGGAAAAUGGGUGAAGAAGACAAGUACAAGCUGGUCGUAGUGGGGGGAGGAGGAGUGGGGAAGAGCGCGCUGACCAUCCAGUUCAUCCAGUCGUACUUUGUGUCGGACUAUGACCCAACCAUUGAGGACUCCUACUCCAAGUCGUACACUGUGGACGGGAAGGUGACCCGGCUGGACAUUUUGGACACAGCCGGUCAAGAGGAGUUCGGAGCGAUGAGGGAGCAGUACAUGCGCUCAGGAGAGGGCUUUUUACUGGUGUUCGCUCUGAACGACCGGGGCAGUUACCAUGAGGUCCAGAAGUUUCACACCCAGAUCCUGAGAGUGAAGGAUCGAGAUGACUUCCCCAUGGUUCUGGUGGGAAACAAGGCUGACCUGGAGCAGCAGAGAGUGAUCUCCAGAGAGGAUGCCCAGAGCUUUGCCCAAGAGAACAGUAUUCACUAUAUGGAGGCCUCAGCCAAGAACCGCUACAAUGUGGAAGAAGUGUUCAUGGAGCUGGUGGACAUAAUCAGGAGGUUUCAAGAGAUGGAAAGUCCUCCUCCCCAAGCUCAGCACACAGGCAAACAGAAGAGUGGUGGCUGUCCCUGUGUCCUCCUCUGAGCCCCGUUACCAUGGAUACCAGCCCCAUCCCUCUGCAGCUUGUACAAAAAGAUGUGUGUGCCAGUGAUUGUCUGCAUAUGUGGAUCUGUGUGAGUGUGUACAUGUGGUUGUGUGUGUGCAUAUACGUGCUUGUGAGUGAGUGGUUGCAUCUGUGUGUGACAAACAUGGUGCAGCCCAUUUCCCUGAAUUCUUUUGCACCGUAGUUUGAAUCAUCGUGACGCUUCGGUGUGGGGAGAGGACCUGAAGGGGGUUGUGUUGACUGAAGCUGUGUGACGCUGCAGCAGCUUCACACCGGUACCACCAUUUCUUGCUGGCUGUCUGUGUCAGCAGAGCUUUUGCUGUCCGUGGUGGAUCCGUUUGCUGCUGGCCUGUCAGAAGAGCGGAUGAUUCAUGAGCUGGAGAAUGUGACACACCCAGCAUGAGUCAGGCUGCUGCCGUCCUGCAUGACGUCCUGAAGGGGGCGACAGAGCCUCACCAGGAGGAGGAACGAGGGAAGAGAUGAAGCAGUUCAUGGUCUUCCUCCCUGGAGAAGCUCACAGCACUUUCAUGAAGUUUUGAUUGUGACAUCAGAGGCUGAGGAUGCAGUUUUAGUGUUAGUGCCACAGUUGAGGGGUGGGGCUGUGGCGUGGAGGGAGGGAGGGAGGGUCUAAAUCCAGCCUCACUGUUGUCUCAGAAGGUCCAAACUGAGGGAUCAGAAGCCAAAGAUGAAGUUCAGAUUUGUCUCUGCAGCAAACGGCCUUCCUUUCUCCGACUGAUUUCCUUUUCUCUUCAGCACUGCGGGCCUGCAGACUCAGUUCCUGCACCGAAGACAGUAUUUGAACAAUCACAGCUCAGAGUUCCUUCUGGAAACUUCUCUGCUGAUUUAGACUGAAACGAUGGUAAACUGAAGAACUGCGAUGUCCAGUUUUGUAUUCUCUUAUGUUUUUAAUGAUCUAAUCACAAACUAUUAUCUGCAUAUAUGUAUAACAGUUUAAUCACUUUUGUACAUCAAUAAAACUUUUCUAUAAACUUUU